AGUAUUAUCCCAAAAAGGACACCUCGCUUUAUUUUAAAAUCAAUUCGCCUGAAAUUGCCCAUUUUUUAGUUUUAGGACAAGAUUUAUUAGGUAAGCGUUAUUCUCAUCCUUAUCGGAAAGAUAGCCAAGGCUACGUGGUAAAAGCCAACGAAUUUAUUCAAGAGGAAGAAGGAACAAGCAUCGUUCACUUGGCACCAGCUUUUGGAGCCGAAGAUUUUGCGAUAGCUAAAAAAGAAAAAAUGACAAUUGACUGCCCGGUAGAACCAAAUGGUUUAUUUAAUGAAAAAAUUGCGAUUUCCGAACUCAUUGGCCAACAUUAUAGCGAACCAUAG